AUGACCACUCUCUCCAAUAUACGGAACGAUAUUUUCAACGAUAUCCUCCAAAAGCGAAUCAACAUCAAAGUGAAAACAAAAACCUUAAACCCCGAAGAUUACCGUACUUCCACCUAUUACAUCGUCAACGAAGUCUUUCCAGACUGGACCAACGACCCUCGCAUACUCUUCCUUGCAAUCGACAUAUGGAGUGAACGCACAUUCAUCGUCAUUGACAUCAAUAACUAUGCCUACGACUUUCUUUCAGCACAUGAGAUCAAGACGGUUCUCCCCGUUUGUGUGCUUCAAAAGCAUAAAAGAAGGCAAGACUGGGUUCUGGCCCGAUGGCCUGCUGAGGAUGAACCACUGAGUGAGAAGUUGGCUGACCUGCAUAAUGUCACUGGGUUUGAUGCCAUCCUGCCUUUCCUAGAAGAUCAUACCUCAAGAAUCGUCCAUGAGAAUCCACGCUGGUUGAAGUGCGAUUGA